AUGUAUCUUUUUCUGUGUAAUUUGUCUUUGGUAGAUCAGUGUUACACAACCUCAACAAACCCAAAACCACUGCAUAUGAUAUUGACUGAGAAUUACACCAUCUCCUACUCACAAUGCUUCCUCCAGUUGGGUUUUUUUUGUGCAGCAGCCAGCACAGAAGUCCUUCUAUUAUUCACAAUGGCUUAUGAUCCAUAUAUUGCCAUUUGUCAACCCUUACAUUAUAAUUGUGUCUUCAACCACAAUCGUUGCAGACAGAUCACAGCAGCUAUAUGGCUCUUGGGGAGUUUAAACUCAACAUUGACCACACUUUUAGCCUUUAUGCCCUUCCAAUAUAAUUCCCCAAUAUUUCUGUGA